AUGAAAGUGCCCGUCAGAAGUCUACUCGCACUGCGGAAAACAUCCACGACGUCGGUGGCCGCUGUGGAAAAAACUCCUUCACCAAUUCUCUCUUCCGAAUUCUUCGAUCACAUCCGUCAUCAAGUUUAUGGCGAUGCGAAAAAAGUGGACAAAAUUGUGGUGACAGUGAAAAAUGUGGAUGACCCCCGACCGGUGCUCGUCAAUCGCAAUGUUUCGACCGCUUUUCACUGCUUUAAUCACCUCUCCAAACAAUUCGCCGACGACGCGGUGCUCGUCGAGGUGACACCAUCAGUGGGCGGAGCCUAUUUCUCUAGUGUCAAUCAGCCGAUCGCCGACCAAUCAGAGAUCACAAGAAUCGGAUUCGAUACGCGGGAGCAUGUGAAUCUGGUGAAUGAGGCGUAUUGGAGAUCGUGCUCUCUGGUCACUGCCGCCUUUUUGAGAGAAGCGCUCAGUGGUGACGUGGAUUUUGGUUUUCCAGUGGACAAUAUUCAGAAUGGUUUCUUUUCUGUGGCAGUCAAAGGGUUGGAUGGAAAUGUUUUCACACCGGACGAGCUAAACACAAUCAAUCGAUUCGGCAAGACGUUCAUCCGUGAGGAGAAGCCGUUCGAAACCCUCUCCAUCCCUCAAUCAGUAUCAGAAGAAUCCGGAAUUCAAGGCGAUCAUCUCGUUCGAAUCGGCCGUCAAGUUUUCGCCACAAACGGUCCCGUCAUCCGAUCCACCCGUCAAAUCGGCCGUUUUUCGAUUUUCAAAUCCAAAAUCGAUGAUUCAGAAGUGAUCGUUGGAGGUGUUUCGAUUCCACACUGUCAGCCGACGUCGUCGUAUUCAUGGAGUCUCAUCGCGAAGAAUGCCAUGCAGAAAUUUAGUAGAACUCAAUAA